AUGGGCUCCACCGCCACCCCCGAGGGUGCGCUGGGCUACGUCCGCGAGUUCACUCGCCACUCCUCCGACGUGCUCGGCAACCUGAACGAGCUGCGCCUGCGCGGGAUCCUCACUGACGUCACGCUGCUGGUUGGCGGGCAACCCCUUCGCGCGCACAAGGCGGUUCUUAUCGCCUGCAGUGGCUUCUUCUAUUCAAUCUUCCGAGGCCGCGCAGGCGUGGGGGUGGACGUGCUCUCCCUGCCCGGGGGCCCCGAAGCCGGGGGCUUCGCUCCUCUCCUGGACUUCAUGUACACGUCACGCCUACGCCUCUCUCCCGCCACUGCGCCGGCUGUCCUCGCAGCCGCCACCUACUUGCAGAUGGAACACGUGGUCCAGGCAUGCCACCGCUUCAUCCAGGCCAGCUCCGAACCUCUGGGCAUCUCCCUGCGGCCUUCGGAGGCAGAACCGCCCACGCCCCCAACGGCCCCUCCAUCAGGCAGCCCCAGGCGCUCCGAAGGGCAUCCAGACCCACCUACCGAGUCUCGCAGCUGCCGUCAAGGCCCCCCCAGCCCAGGCAGCCCAGACCCCAAGGCCUGCAACUGGAAGAAGUACAAGUUCAUCGUGCUAAACUCUCAGGCCUCCCAAGUGGGGAGCCUGGCCGCAGAGAGGAGUUCUGGUCAACUUUGUCCCCAGGCCAGGCUCCCCAGCGGAGAUGAGGCUUCCAGCAGCGGUGGCAGCAGCAGUGAAGAAGGACCCAUUCCUGGUCCCCAGAGCAGGCUCUCUCCACCUGCUGUCACGGGACAGUUCAAAUGUGGGGCUCCAGUCAAUACCCCCCAUCUCCUCACAGCCCUGGCUCAAGAGACCACUGGAUCACACUCUGGGCGGGCUUGCCCACCACCAGGAAGUGAAUUUUUCAGCUGCCAGAACUGUGAGGCGGUGGCUGGGUGCUCGUCGGGGCUGGACCCCUUGGCUCCUGGGGAUGAGGACAAGCCCUACAAAUGUCAGCUCUGCCGGUCUGCCUUCCGCUACAAAGGCAACCUGGCCAGUCACCGCACGGUGCACACAGGGGAGAAGCCCUACCACUGUUCCAUCUGCGGAGCCCGCUUUAACCGGCCGGCCAACCUGAAAACGCACAGCCGCAUCCAUUCGGGAGAGAAGCCCUACAAGUGUGAGACGUGCGGCUCGCGCUUCGUGCAGGUAGCGCAUCUGCGCGCGCACGUGCUGAUCCACACCGGGGAGAAGCCCUAUCCUUGCCCCACCUGCGGCACUCGCUUCCGCCACCUACAGACCCUCAAGAGCCACGUUCGCAUCCACACCGGGGAGAAGCCGUACCACUGCGACCCCUGCGGCCUGCAUUUCCGGCACAAGAGUCAACUACGCCUGCAUCUGCGCCAGAAGCACGGAGCUGCUACUAACACCAAAGUGCACUACCACAUUCUGGGGGGGCCCUAGCUGGGCGCCGCGCCCAGGUCCCACUCGCUUCCCGGAAGCCGGGACAGCUGCGGGCUCGCGCCUGGCUUCCCUGUCGGGCCUGGGCAUGCGGGGCGUGCAAGGCCCCUCCGGCGUCGGCAACGGCCACCGCCUUAAAUUCGCACUGGGGAGAGCAGGGGUGGCAGAUCUCCGCUUGAUCUGCCUCCGUUUUGCUGGUCAAAACCUCUUCCCCACAAUCCAAAUUGUUCCUGAGGAGACAGCCAGCUGGGAGCUGCGGGGGGGAGACUGGAGGGAACGGCCCUCCACCUGCAGCCCCCCCUCUCAUUUGGUUUCUCUGUAAAUAUAAUUUAUUGAGGCCUGUGGGUGGCACCAGGGCCUUCAUGCCACCGCAUUUCCCACGUGCACAAGUGUGAUCAAACGUGGCCUGAAGCACAGUGUGUGGGGUCAGCUCUGCGGGCAGAGAUGAGCACUUAGCGGUCUCCUUCGGCUUGACUGUUUUAUGUUUAUUCUUGUCAUAACUUUCAUCUUUAGAGUUGUUGUUUCUCCUAUCUGUUUGCUUGUCAGUUCGUUGAAAGUGGAGAAAGGGUCUCUCUGUGUCCCGUCCCUCCCAAUCCUAGGUCUGGAACCUUAUUUGUUCUAGGGCAGCUCUGGGGACAUGUGGGGUUGUGGAAUUGGGUCGGGAACCCUCUUUGGUAUUCUGGAUAUUGUAGGUU